AUGACAGACCAAACAACAACUCCUACACUAUGUUGUUUCUGUCUUGGUGACGAUACGGAAAUACCAUCUUUUGGGUCUUUAAAAGAUGCUCAAGAUAUGUUAAAACCAUGUACAACAUGUUCAUUAAUUUGUCAUAGAAAAUGUUUAUUAGAUUGGUUUAAUUCUAUACCAAGUGAUCAGUUACAUAUUAUACAUGCCAACAAAGCAAUAAAUUUAGCUUCUAUAUCUAGAGGUUCCCAUGAUCAUAUUGGUGAUAUUGGAAUUGGUUCUCCACCAAAUAAUCAGACUACUAAUAUUAGAAUUGAUUUAUCUACUCAAGCUUUGGAGAGUUGGUUCACUGGGAUAACUCAACAACAAAGACCAAAUAACGAAGGACAAGAAGUACAAAAUACCACUAAUGAAAGUAGUAGUACGGAGAAUACCACUAAUGAGCAACAGCAAACAGUACCACCAUCACCACCACAAAAUCAACAUCAACAUCAGCAUCAACCAUCAUCUAGUAGUUUAGCAACAUCAGUUUAUAUAUUCGCCCCUUGCCCACAAUGUAAAAAAGAUAUUAUAUUUACCAUGAAAAGAUCAAUCAUUCUAUCAUUAAAUUCACAUUUUAGAUCAUUUAUUUCUAAAAUUAUAAAAUAUGGAGGAGUGUUUUUAGGUUUAACAUCUGCAUUAACUGGAGUUUUAUCUAUGGGAUAUAUUGGAUUAACUACAACAGGUUUAAAAAUGAUGGAUUCUAUAAUCCCUUCUGCAUUAUUAGUUAGAAUGUUAACUAAGAAAAGAUUAAUAAAUUCUGCAAAUUCUUUUUCAUCACUUUCAAAAAUUUUAUUUGGUAAUUCAAGUUAUGCAGUUGAUAAUUUAGAACAAGCAUUAGUUCAAGGAUUAAUUGAUCCUUUGAAAUUUUCACGUAUACCUGUAUUACCUAUAGUCAUGUAUAGAGCUAGAUCAUCAUCAUUUAUAAAAUUAAUAUUUGGAGAAAAAGGUGAAGAUUAUUUAAGUUCAUUAAUUACUGAAUUUAUGAUUUCUGGGUAUAUAUCAUCAAUUGCUGAUCAUUCAUUGUUUAGAGCUAUAUAUAAGAACAUCAAGAAUAGUUUACGAAAUGGAACAUUAACAAAUCCUUUGAAGGGAAUAAAUUUUUUAACAAUUAACAAUAUAAUAUCAUUAAUUAUUCCGUUACGCUGGUCAUAUGAUUUGAUUUAUAGAUUAACUUUCAACAGAGCUUAUUUUAAUCUCACGAUGAAAUCAAGACCUAGAGCUAUUGCUAAUAGUUUAAGUGCUGAAGAAAUUGAUCAAUUGGAAGAUUUAAAUGGUCAAUUGAAUGAGUAUAAACAAAACCACCAGAAGUUAUAUCAAAAUAUUAGUAAACGAGUUGAUGCUUCAAAAAGGCUCGAUAAUAUUCCAUUUUCAACUUUUGCAAAAUAUAUCUACAAUAAUAUACUAUUUUUCAAUUCAAUACUUAAAAUGAAUUGGCUAAAUUACGUUAUACUAAAUAUAAAAGCUAAUUUCAAGUUCACGUUAGCAUGUUUAAAAUACGAUUAUUCAAAUACUUUAAUUCAUCAAAAUACAAUUUUCAAAUCAAUUACUACAAUAUUAUGGCCAUAUUUUGGCUCAAAAUUAGGUAAUUUAUUAAUUUUACAAAUACUUACUAAAAAAUUCUCUACUAGUUUAGUUUUGGAAAAAAGAUUAUUAAUUGCAAAUAUUUUAGGAUUAGUAGUUAUUGCAUUCAUAAAAGAAAUAAUUAAUUUAUAUUUAUCUAAAAAGAAAGUAAAUCAAAUAUUACAAAUUGAAGCAGUUGAUUUUAAAAAUAAUAAAUUUUUAAAUAAUUUAGCUAAUAAGAUUCUUAAUCGAGAUGAUAAUGAAGAUAUUUUAAAUUAUUUAACAGAUGAAGAUUCUUCAACUUCUGGAGAAUUUGAAAGAAUUUUAACUGGUAGAUCAAGUAUGGAUUUUGUUGAUAUACCUGGAAAUUAUCCAAACUAG